CACAUACAUAUUAGAAUUAAGUAGUAAAUAAUCCCAAGCAAACAAUUUAUAUUUUAGACAGUGUAGAGCAGCACGUGUAAUUGACAGCUCCUUUACUCUGAAAACACGAACCAGAAAUGAGAAAGUUGAUAGUCAACAGAAUGGAUUCGUUUUUGUGUCACUUGCUGUUUCUCGGCGCACAAGAGCAGAAAACGUCAGAGGACUGGCGGACUUUUAUGUCGCUGUGACAGGAAAACACACAGCAGCGAAUAACUUGGCGACAUUGAGUGAGUACAUGUUGAAGAAAUAUCAAGAAGACCAUGGUCCCAAACUCCCAAUACACCAAUUUGUUUUCUGGGCAAAUAAAAAUUUCUAUAUGACGCUUUCUGUAUUUUUGGGCCCAUCUUGGUGAGCGUGCUACACGUUCAAACAGUGCAAAUGGGUGAAAUAAGAAACCUCAACUCCUCCUAUUUACCCGUUCACCUUGACAACGACACUUCAUCAGAGGAUGAGGAGAGCAAUAAUUCGACCCUGGACAAACGCUCCGUUCCCGAUGACCGCUACUGUUUGGUCUACAUCAUCUUCUUCCUGAUGGGCAUUGGCUCACUGCUGCCAUGGAACUUCUUCAUCACAGCCAAAAGCUACUGGCUUUACAAAAUGAGUAACGGCACUGAGGAGCAACGAUCUGACUUCAGUGACUACUUUGAAAGUUACCUAACGUUUGCGUCUACGGUGCCCUCGGUGCUGUGUUUGAUUCUCAACUACAUCCUCGUCAACAGGCUGUCUCCAAAUGUGCGCAUCCUGUCGUCCCUCUUUGUCAUCCUGCUGGUGUUUGUUGUGACCACGGUGCUGGUGAAGGUGGACGUCUCCCACUGCAAGUCAGAGUUCUUCGCAGGCACACUGGCCAGCGUGGCCGUCGUCAGCGGAGCUUCCAACAUCUUCUGUGGCAGCGUGUUUGGUAUCAGCGGUCACUUCCCCAUGAGGAUCUCUCAGGCUCUCAUAGCAGGUCAGGCCAUGGGAGGAACACUGAGCGCUGUAGCGUCUGUAGCAGACCUCGCCCUGGCGGAGGACGUGACAGACAGCGCCCUGGCCUACUUCCUGACUGCAGACAUCUUCAUCCUACUCUGCAUCUUUGCUUACCUGCUGCUGCCCAAACUGGCCUUUUCAAGACGCUACAUGGAGGCCGCCCCCUUAAACAGUCCAUCAGAGAGCAGCGACGCAGCAACAACAUUCCACAUCCCGCCAUUGAAGCCCAUCCUCAGGAAGACGUGGGUCCUCGGUCUGAGCGUCUUCAGCGUGUUCUGUGUGAGCAUCCUGGUGUUUCCCGCUGUGUCGUCUGGCAUCCAGUCCGUCAACAAGGACAGCGGGAGCCCCUGGACCACCACCUACUUUGUGCCCCUCACCUGUUUCCUGCUGUACAACGUAGCGGACUUCUGCGGCAGACAAGCCACAGCCUGGCUGCAGGUGCCUGGACCCACCAGCCGGGUUCUACCAGCUCUGGUGCUUUGCAGGUCAGCUUUGGUGCCACUCAUCAUCUUCUGUAACUACCAGCCCAGGGACCACCUCCACACUGUGCUCUUCACUCAUGAUGCGUACCCAGUGGUCUUUAACUGCCUGCUCGGGCUCUCCAACGGCUACUUGGGUACUCUGCCCAUGAUCUAUGGGCCAAAAGUGGUUCCCCGAGAGCAGGCAGAGGCCACAGGGGUGGUCAUGUCCUUCUUCCUCACCCUGGGACUCGUUGUUGGAUCCGCUCUGUCCCUCCUGAUUGUCCACGCCAUCUGAUGAGUUUGUCUUUCACACAUCAGAGUCUUCCAACUCACUAAGAAUCCAUUCUUGAUUCAAACCGAUUCUCGCUAUAUUUGGUAUAAUGAUUAUACUAAAACUUUUUAAAAACGGUUUACAAGAGCUCCUUUUAGUUGCUGAUGCAUGACAUAUAUGCACAGCGAGUAUGACCUAAAAAAUGUAGGACUCAAGUUCAUUAAGAGUAUCUAACAAAAAAAGUCGAAAAAAAAUAUGAAUCCAAAAUAUUUUGAGGACUUUAUUGUCCUUUAGCCAUUGGGCUUAAAAUUAUUUCCCAUUGUUUCGAUGUAUUUGAAAUGAAAAUAUUCAAAUUAAACAUGAAAAAAAGAACUCCGUUCAGAGUAACUCAACCAAAGUUAUGGACAAAAAUAGAGCAGACAAUUUACCUCAAAGGACACAAAAGUCCACAAUGCACUCUCAGGGUUGUCAAUUGAUUUAAAAAAAUAAAAUAAAAAAUCGAUUCUUAAAAACUAUGAAUCGAUUUAUAAUAAAUAUGAAUCACAAUUUAGAUGUGAAUAUUGUUUUAAGCUCCCUUAUGAAAGCUGCAUCACAAAUGUAAUUUGUGUGGGUGUGUGUCACGUGACCAGCAGUGUCAUAAACAAAAGAAAAAAGUGGUUAGUUUAAGGACAAUUUGAAUUUGGACAACUGAGAUCAUUUGGACCUGAUCUCGUGAAAUCCAUCCAUCGAUCCAAUUUGUACGCUUGUCCCUCUCGGGGUUGCGGUCACGUCGCCACCUCAUCGCAGGACUCGUGGAAUCAUGUUUUUAAAAAUAUGUUGAAAGACUUAAAGACCCACGACUGAGCGCAUUUCCUGAAUUCUUCUAUCACAAAACAUUUAUUCGUCUCCAUUAAAACAACCAAAGUGCGCUGUGAGGACCAUUCAUCGCACUACUUGACUACCUGCACAUCCAUCCAACUAUUCAUUUUAUACCGCUUGUCCCUUUAUUCACAGACAUACUUUUUAUACAUUGUUGUUUACAUAUUGUUGAUAUUAUCGUUGUUGUGCGUGGACAAUAACUGCCAUCUAUUUUGGUGCCAAAGUGUACGCUACAACUGUUGGGAAAGUACGAGCUAUUACGACGUUGACCGGCAGAGGGCAGUAGAGGGCAAGGUUGGGCGAUCAUGUUCUUGUUCUUUUCUAGACUUUCUACUGGAAAUACUUGACAUUUUAACAGCAGGAAAACAUUCAAUUGUGUACACAUUUUAUUUUAAUUGAUUAUUCAUUUUCAUAAAAUAAUUUUCUGAUACACCAAUAUACUUGUUGUAUAUUAAAGUACAGUAUUCCAAAGUGGAAGACACGGUACAAGUGUGUCUGGACGUAAACCUCAAAGCAAAUAUCAAAUGCUAAUGUUUAGAUAUGCUUCGGGUUCUAAUUGCAGAUUCAUUUAAUAAACUGGCAGAGAAAAUCAAAAGUCAAUUUCAUACCUGAGGGGAUUAAGGCAAUGGUCUCAUGAAAUAUUUACAUUUUGGACACAAUGUGUUGUUAGCUAUUACACAGUAAUGACUGUGCGUUGAUCCAUAUUGCUAUACAAGCUGUACACGGACUACUCUUCAGUAUGUAAUAAAAAGGUUGCAGGUAAUGUGCUCGGUGUACUCACGUUUCUUCAAGAUCCUGCCAAAAAACAAACCACACCAAAUCCUUUUUUUAAACUAAGAAAUAUAAUUUAUUGCAUAAAAAUUAUAUUUAGUUACAGGUAAGAAGGCUAGAUGUUUAUUUACAACUGGUACUUUACAGAGAUAAAAUGUCACUGAAAUACAUUUGCUUUUCCUUCCAUUUUUUUUUUGUAAUUUUCUUCCAUUUUUUUUCCAUUUUUUUAUUGAAACAAAGGCUUAUUUCUUUUUCAAGAGGAGCGAUUAAGGAGGAGUCCAUCCAUCUGCAGCAAAACAGCAUCAAUGCUACAUGGAAACAAUCCAAUAAUAAAUACUGCUUACACUUCCGGUCCUUUUGUUGUACUGAAACGAUUGUGUUGA